GCAGGAAGAAAAAAUAUUAAAUAAAAAUCUUGUGUAGAGUGAUCCAUUGUGAAGAUGGAAGGAGGUGCUGCACAGUACAAUCCUCGCACUGUAGAAGAAGUUUUUAAGGAUUUUACUGGCCGUCGAGCCGGCAUGAUCAAAGCCCUCACCACUGAUGUGGAGGAUUUUUAUCAGCAAUGUGACCCUGAAAAGGAAAAUCUCUGCCUCUAUGGAUAUCCAAGCGAGCAGUGGGAAGUCAAUUUGCCAGCUGAGGAGGUGCCUCCAGAGCUUCCAGAGCCAGCAUUAGGUAUAAACUUUGCUAGAGAUGGGAUGCAAGAAAAGGAAUGGUUAGCUCUGGUUGCUGUACAUAGUGAUGCAUGGCUACUCUCUGUUUCCUUCUAUUUUGGUGCCAGAUUCGGCUUUGAUAGAGCUGACAGGAAACUUCUUUUCAACAUGAUGAAUGAUCUGCCAACAAUAUAUGAAGUUGUUACUGGAGUGGCCAAGAAGAAAGUAAAGGAUAAAUCAACAGUUUCAAAUCACAGCAGCAACAAGUCAAAAUCAAAUUCUAAAGCGGGUAAAUACUCAAAGCCUCAAGUAAAAGAUGAGGAUGAUGGAUUCGAUGAGGAAGAAGAAGAUGAACAUGGCGACACUCUGUGUGGUGCAUGUGGUGAGAACUAUGCUUCAGAUGAAUUCUGGAUUUUCUGUGACAUGUGCGAGAGGUGGUUCCAUGGCAACUGUGUGAAGAUCACCCCCGCCAAGGCCGAGCAUAUAAAGCAGUACAAAUGCCCUUCAUGCAGCAACAAGAGGAUACGCCCGUGACAUCCCCUAUCAGAUAUGUGCUGAGUUCCACAACUUGUAAUUGUUCAUGUUGAGCUCAGCUCACUGUCAUCUUACAAAUAUCAGUAAGGCAUGAGUAGUCAGAGUUCUAGUCUCUUAUGUUUAUCAGGGUGCUUAACUAGUUUAGUUCCCUCAAGACACCCUUUUAUUCAACUCUAAACAAUUGGAUAUUAGAUGCAUCUUUCAGUAUCAAUGCUAACUAAAUGCAGUUCAUCUG